CCUUUAAAAGUGCCAUCACUGCAAAGGUUGUCCUCGAAAAAACUAGAAAAUAGAAAACUUCCAUACUACCCUUCGCCGGCGUGAAAUCGGAGGAGUAUUGCAGAGGCUUGAAGGUUCUUGACUGUCGAAAAUGGCGAAUCUCCCCCAAUCGCUCUCCAUGAAUGCUGCGUUUGGAGGUCCCGGUCCGUCUAUCCCCGGUGCCUCCGGAGCUCCACCGAACAAGGAGCGAAAAAUGGCUUCUUCGGAGCAGUUGGUGCUCGACCUCAGCAAUCCGGAUCUCCGGGAGAACGCUCUCCUUGAACUGUCGAAGAAGAGGGAACUGUUUCAAGAUUUGGCUCCAUUGUUGUGGAACUCUUUUGGAACCAUUGCUGCUUUAUUGCAAGAGAUUGUAUCGAUAUAUCCUGUUCUUUCACCCCCAAAUCUAACCCCUGCACAGUCCAAUAGAGUUUGCAAUGCUCUUGCUCUUCUUCAGUGUGUAGCCUCUCAUUCAGAUACACGGAUGUUGUUUCUUAAUGCUCACAUACCGUUGUAUCUGUAUCCUUUUCUUAACACCACUAGCAAGUCAAGGCCUUUUGAGUACUUGCGGCUUACUAGCUUAGGUGUCAUUGGUGCAUUGGUGAAGGUAGACGAUACAGAAGUAAUAAGUUUUCUUCUGUCAACUGAAAUAAUUCCUCUAUGCCUGCGUACCAUGGAAAUGGGAAGUGAGUUGUCAAAAACAGUUGCAACAUUUAUCGUGCAGAAAAUUUUGCUGGAUGAUGUGGGGUUGGAUUAUAUUUGUACUACAGCUGAGCGAUUUUUUGCUGUCGGUCGGGUUUUGGGGAAUAUGGUAGCAGCUCUUGCUGAACAGCCCUCCUCUCGGCUUUUAAAACACAUAAUUCGAUGUUAUCUUCGAUUGUCCGAUAACCCAAAGGCUUGUGACGCCUUGAGGAGCUGUCUUCCAGAUAUGUUGAGGGAUGCUACUUUCAAUAGUUGCCUUCGGGAGGAUCCAACCACUAGGAGGUGGCUGCAACAGUUGCUACACAAUGUAGGAAUGAGUAGGGUUCCAACACUUCAGGCAGGGGCUGGAUUUGAUCACAUGAUGGUGAACUAAAGCCUGAAACGUCUUAGCCAUGAAACCUCUUUCAUAGCAAUUCGAGGGCGUGACUUACUGAACGAUCUUGAGAACACUGGGCAUUUAUUGGCGUCUUUGUGGGUUCUUAGUAGCUCCUUCAUUCUCUUACAAUCCUUUGAACAUUAAUUUUCUCAUAUUCGCCUCAACAUUAGUUCCCUCUCAAGAAUCCGUUCUCGAAAUUGUUGGGAUCCUCUCUUACAAUGCCAACCAAAGGAAAGGGAGAAAGGAAUGGUGAGACAUGAUUGGAAUUUUGGAGACAAGAUUGAACCACGACCUUGAGGAAUAGAUGUCGUGACAUUCAUUUCUCUUGUUAGCUAGUACAUUGUUAGUGUAUACAUGAGAGCAUACAUCGCUUUCGUUGGAAAUAUGUUUGUGGAUUUUAUAUUUUUUUGUUUCGUUAGUUCACUUGGGUCAGAUAGUGAUCGGCAUCGAAAGGGUGUUGUUAAACCCCACGGGUCGAAUCAAAUAAUGUUCCUGUGUCUUACUCUAAAACUAAAUAGUAAAGUGAAAGUAUGGAGUUGAA